CAACAUCUCUUUGGAAUAGCAAUACAAGGAAACAUAGAAAUUAUUGAAAUCAUAAAAUUUGGGAAUGGACAAACUGAGAAUAUUAUUUCUUGAAGACCUUGGAUCUGCUGACCUCAGAAGACAUUUAGUCCACUUGAUGCCCUUCACUACUGCUGUGGUCAUACUUCUCAAUGUGUCUUUCAUAACCAGCUCUCUUGGAGGAACAGAAAAGGAGCUGAGGCUAGUGGAUGGUGAAACAAAGUGCAGUGGCAGAGUGGAAAUCAGAGUUCAGGAAGAGUGGGGGACAGUCUGCAAACAUGACUGGGGCAUAGAGGAAGUCACUGUGAUUUGUCGUCAGCUGGGAUGUCCAAUGCUCAUCAUGGCCCCUGGAUGGGCUAAUUCCAGUGGUGGAUCUGGACGUAUUUGGAUGGAUCACAUUGCUUGCAGAGGGAAUGAAUCUGCUCUUUGGAAUUGCAGCCAUGGUGAAUGGGGAAAGGCUAACUGCACUCAUGAACAAGAUGCUGGAGUAACCUGCUCAGAUGGAUCUGAUUUGGACUUGAGGCUCGUGAAUGGGCACGGCAGGUGUUCUGGAAGACUAGAGGUCAAAUUCAAAGGACAAUGGGGAACAGUGUGUGACGAUAAUUUCAACAUGGAUGAUGCUUCUGUCGUGUGUAACCAACUUCAGUGUGGAGGCGCUAUCACUUUCUCUAGUUUAGCGAAGUUUGGAGUAGGUUCUGGACCAAUCUGGCUUGACGACCUUGAGUGCCAUGGGAAUGAGUCAACUCUUUGGUCCUGUAAGCAUAGAGGAUGGGAAAAUCAUAACUGUGGUCAUUCCGAAGAUGUGGGAGUGACUUGCUUUGAGGGAGCAGAUAUGGGCCUGAGAUUGGUAGAUGGAGCCAAUAAUUGUUCAGGAAGACUGGAAGUGAAAUUCCAAGGAGAAUGGGGGACAGUAUGCGACGACAGCUGGGACAGUAAUGAUGCUGCUGUGGUGUGCAAGCAACUAGGAUGUCCAGCUGCCAUCACUGCUACCGGUCGAGUAAAUGCCAGCGAAGGCUCUGGAAACAUUUGGCUUAACCACGUUGCCUGUGAUGGACAUGAAUCUGCUCUCUGGUAUUGUGGACACCAAGAGUGGGGAAAACAUUUUUGCACUCAUAAUGAAGAUACUGGGGUGACAUGUUCUGAUGGAUCAGAUCUGAACCUGAGACUUACAGGUGGAGGCAGCAGCUGUGCUGGGACAGUGGAGGUAGAAAUUCAGCAAAUUGUAGGGAAGGUAUGCAGCAGAGGCUGGACACUGAAGGAAGCUUACAUAGUUUGCCGACAGCUAGGUUGUGGGUCUGCAGUUCAGACAUCUUCAGUACUGUACUCUAAAACUAAAGCAACAAAAAUGUGGAUGGAGGUACAGAGUUGCAAUGGAAAUGAAACUUCUCUUUGGGACUGCAAGAGUUGGAACUGGGGUAGACAGGACUAUCCCAAUGAAGAAGCCCAAGUUACCUGUUCAGCCCACAGGGAGCCCAGGCUGGUUGGAGGUGACAUCCCCUGCUCUGGUCGUGUUGAAGUGAAGCACGGGGACAAGUGGGGCUCCGUAUGCGAUUCCGACUUCUCUCUGGAAGCUGCCAGUGUCCUGUGCAGGGAACUUCAGUGUGGCUCAGUCAUCUCCAUCCUAGGGGGAGCUCAAUUUGGAGAAGGGAAAGGGCAGAUCUGGGCUGAAGAAUUUCAGUGUGAAGGAAACGAGUCCCAUCUUUCACUCUGCCCACUCGCACCUCGCCAAGAUGGGGCUUGUGGCCACAACAGAGAGGUUGGCGUAAUCUGCUCAAGAUACACAGAAAUUCGCCUUGCCAAUGGCAAGUCCUCAUGUGAGGGAAGAGUGGAGCUCAAGGUGUUUGGAGUCUGGGGAUCUCUCUGCAGCUCUCAUUGGACCAUGGAAGAUGCCCAUGUUUUAUGUCAACAGCUGAAGUGUGGAGUAGCCCUUUCUAUCCCAAAAGGAGCACAUUUUGGGGGUGGAAAUGGCAAGGUCUGGAGACACAAGUUUCACUGCAAUGGGACUGAGACACACAUGGGAGACUGCCCUGUAACUGCUUUCGGUGCUUCACUGUGUUCUGAAAGCCAAGUGGCCUCUGUCAUCUGCUCAGGAAACCAGUCCCAGACACUGUUGCCAUGCAAUUCAUCAUCUCUGGAACCAACCAGCUCUGCCCUCCCACAAGAAAGUGCUGUUCCCUGCCUAGAAAACAGUCCAAUUCGCUUAGUAAAUGGAAAUGGUCACUGUGCUGGAAGAAUAGAGAUCUACCACGAGGGUUCCUGGGGCACCAUCUGUGAUGACAGCUGGGAUCUGGGUGAUGCCCAUGUGGUGUGCAGACAGCUGGGCUGUGGAGUGGCCAUUAAUGCUACUGGUUCUGCUCACUUUGGGGAAGGAGCAGGACCCAUCUGGCUGGAUGAGAUAAACUGCAAUGGAAAAGAAUCACAUAUUUGGCAGUGCCAUUCCCAUGGCUGGGGGCUGCAUAACUGCAGGCAUAAAGAGGAUGCAGGAGUUAUCUGCUCAGAGUUUAUGUCUCUGAGGCUCACAGGAGAGAACAGCAAGGGCCCCUGUUCAGGACGUCUGGAAGUGUUUUACAGUGGAGUGUGGGGCAGCGUGGGCAAGAGCGACAUGUCAGAGACCACUGUGGGGGUUGUAUGCAAGCACCUCCACUGCGGAGACAAUGGAACCAUCAAGGCUGCGUCUUCAGACAAAGCACUAUCCAGGCUCAUGUGGGUGGACAAGGUGCAGUGUCCGACAGGACCUGACACACUGUGGCAAUGCACAUCCACUCCAUGGAAGCAGAGAUAUGCCAGCCCUGCUGAGGAGACUUGGAUCACAUGUGACAACAAGAUAAGACUUAAAGAUCAUGGGAAGACUGCACCUUGCUCUGGACGUGUGGAGAUCUGGCACAAAGGCUCCUGGGGAACUGUGUGUGACGACUCCUGGGACAUCAAAGAUGCGCAGGUGGUGUGCCGCCAGCUGGGCUGCGGCGAGGCUGUGCAGGCCCUGAAGGAAGCAGCUUUCGGUCAGGGCGCAGGACCUGUAUGGCUCAGCCAUGUGAAGUGCAGAGGAAACGAGUCUUCCUUGUGGGACUGUGACUCCAAAGAGUGGGGACACAGUGACUGUGGACACAAGGAAGACGCUGCAGUGCAGUGCCUCCCAGGAACUUCAGAAUCACCACCACCAGGACACGCAUCUCUUGUUGUUUUGGUGAUCUUUGGAGUUAUUCUGUUGGCACUUGUCAUUGGAGCCCUCACAUGGAUUUUGAAAAAGAGACAGAUACAGAGACUCGCAGUUUUCACAAGAGAAGAAUUUUCUGUCCAUCACAUUCGAUACAAAGAGAUGAAUUCAAGUCUGAAGGCAGAUGAUCUGGACCUGCAUGCUUCCUAUGAAAAGGCAACCUCUCCGAGCCACAGUGAUGAGAACUGGAAUUUAUAACCCAAUAAGCCUGUUGGUAUCUUGGUGAAGACACUUUGAAUGGAUCCAAAGUCCAACCCUUCCACUGAUGUUUGCAGGAGAACUUGCAUAGAGUCCUUUGUGUGUGGUAUUCGGAAGACAGUCAACUUUUAGUUUAAACCUGUGAAUGUGACUUCUUAGUAGUAUAUGCAAAAUAUUAAAAGAAUUAAAUUAAUAAAUAUCACUAACUUGUGUUUGUAUCAGCUUUCUAUUCUUAACUGUUU